AUGGCAGAGGUAGCGAAUUCCCCUCCCACAGGGCCUCCAGCGCGCCAAACGGCUCCUACGGAAAAAGGCCCUCCUGGACCCACAUUGAUUGAGUUAGACCCUUCUCUUGUGCUUGUUUCUGGGCACAACGGCGCGCAAGAUGGGGGUACCUCAUCUGCCGCCGCAGCACCCCAUGCAGCAGCAGCAGCAGCUGCUGCUGCUGCUGCAACGACAGCAGCAACGGGAGCAACUACUGAAGUACGCGUCACUGAGGCUCGCCGGAGCUCCGCAGCAGCUCGCAUGCCUUAUGAUAGGCCGCGGAGCCGAAAGUUGAACCGAACUUCCAGCAAUCAAUGCUACGUAGACAUGGCUGGCUGGCUAGAGGCAUUUCCGCACAUGACAUUUGAAGACUUGGGACCUGGAUUCAGCGCAGACAGCUUUACAAAUAGCCAAGGUCUUAAAAUCGCAACUUAUGCAUGGAGGCAGCAGGCGCAGCAGCAGCAACCUGUCGCCGCAGUUGUGCUCUUUCACUCGUACACCUCCUACGCUCUGUUCGAUUUCCUCCGUCACCAGCCCCCAAUCAGUAGCAGUAGCAGCAACCAGGCUCCGCAACAGCUUCAGGAAGAGCCAGACUGGGUGCCCAAAUUUCCUGGGAGUUGGGUUGAAGGGCUGUACCGCCUGGGGAUGAAUGUGUAUGCAAUGGACCACCAGUCUCACGGCCGUUCAGAAGGGUGGCAUCAGUGGAGAUGUAUUGUGUCGAAAUUCGAUUAUUUUGUGGACGACGCACUUCAAUUUCUGAAGGAGGUGGUCAGCAAGGACCCGAGCUUGCCUGCUGAUGCGCCAAUAAUUCUUUUGGGCUAUUCUAUGGGGGGAAACGUCGUCAUACAAACCCUAGGGAGAAUAUACAGCGGCGAUAGAGAACUCGCUCUCAGAAAAAGAGUCAAUCAGGCCGUUCUUCUGGCGCCCCUCAUACGAAUAAAACUCGACUGGGCUACUCAGGUCAUGGUACGCAUCAACAGGUCCCUCAUUUCUUGUUGGCUGCCGAACUUGAGGUUUUCAAGGGCAGACAACAGCGGAGAUUGUCCAUUUCUAGGCUGGUGGUACAGCAGAGACCCAUUUACGUAUUCAGGAAGGACGAAGUCAAGGAUGGUGGCUGCUUUGUUCGACGCAUCACGAAAACUUCCUCGAAUUUUGAGCUGUUUUCCGCCUGAGCUAAAGCUGCUCUGUCUGCAGGGCACCCACGACCAAACUGUAGACUUUCACUCUCCCCUCAAGUUGUAUGAAACGCCUGUUAAACUUGAUCUCCUUUACUUGUGCGGAUGGAGUCAUUAUGUGCCGAAACACUCUGGUGCAGACCGCCUCAUUGGACUCGUCACCGCCUGGCUGUUGAAAGCGCUUGCAGCCAAAGCUCAACAUCUCGGAUCUCCACGGCAGAAGUCUUUGGCGAAUGAAGCGAAUGGCAAAAGGACAGAAGAAGACGUGGGGAUGCCACGUUUGACAUAA